AUGCUGGUGAUACACCAUGAAGGGGACUGGUUGAAAGGCAGGCCCUCAAUCCAGGGCCCUGUCAGCCACACUCAGCUGAGGAAGCCGAUCCAAACUAGGGCUUUCUUCCCAUCCCAUCGGACCCAGGUGUCCAUCCACGGCGAUGGCAAGAUUUUCCUGGAGACCUCCAUGGAGGCACCCAGUGUGAUCCAGGGUUUUCGUGCCAGGGUGCCCGGCUCGGGUGUGAAGCAGCCAUGGCGGGCCAACGCAUCCAGCCAAUCACACUACACUCUGUUGGGGCUCAGGGCUUCAAGAAAACGACCUCUCUUUUUUGUCGUAUUUCAAUGA